AUGGAACUGUAUGAUGCCUCGGAUGCAGUAAUGUGCCGAGCAUUCUCACUUACCUUAUCCAACGUCGCUCGACUUUGGUUCAAGCAACUGAAGCCGAGGUCCAUUAGCUCGUUCGCAGAGCUCAGUGAUGCUUUCAUCGCAAACUUCCUUGGUCGUAAGAAAAGGCUCACGGCUUCAGUGCAUCUAAAUAACAUAGUUCAAAAGGAAGGAGAGCUCCUCAAGGACUAUAUCAAACGUUUUAACCUCGAAGCUCUUCAAGUUCGAAAACAUUCGGACGAAAUAGCUCUCAACUCCAUUAUGCAAGGAGUAAGAGACAAACCUUUUCUCUUGUCUCUGGAUAAGAAUCCACAAUCUACUUCGGCCGAGUUUAUGACUCGGGCAGAGAAGUACACCAAUGUUGAGGAAACUCGGAUCCUGCAAGAAGCAGCUCAGAACAAGAAUGCUUCAGCGAAGCAGUCAGCGAAAAAAGAGACUAAGUCAGUCAAUAUCAGUAAAAAAUGGAAAGAUGAUCGGUCUCGAGACAAAUGCAAGUCGAGCAAACAACCUGACAGCAAGUUCACGAACUACACCCCGCUCAAUAAGCCGCAAGAGCAAGUCCUGAUGGAAAUCAAAGGUGAGAACUUCGUCAGCUGGCUGAACAAACUCCGAGAAAUUGAAAGGCUCAUCAGAGAAGGUCACCUGGGCGAGCAUGUGGACCAAGGAGCCAGGACCAUGACUGCGGAAGAAUGCCCAAGUGACAACCGACCCAUAGAAGAAAUCCGAACCAUUCUCAGUGGUCAUCUGGGCGGGGGCAACUCAAACAAUGCUUGGAAAACCCAUGUAAGGAAUAUGAGUUGGCCCGAGUUCGAGAUCAUGAUUCUGGCUCAGCCUAUGAAGGAGAGAAAGUUAGAAAAAUAUAAUCUCACAUUCACUGAAGAAGAUGCUCGGGGGAUCCACUAUCGGCAUGACGACGCUUUGGUCAUCACCGUCACCAUAACGAACCUCAGAGUCUUCAGGGUUCUCAUCGACACAGGGUCGUCUACAGAUGUGUUAUUCACCCAGGCCUUCAAUAGAAUGGGAAUCGAGCAGUCUUCUUUGUGCCCCGUGAAGACUCCUUUGAUUGGCUUUUCUGGCAGGCAGGUCCUCCCCGAGGGAGCUAUAUAG